AAUAAAAACUAUACAAUAGAGAACACACAGAGGAAUGAACACAAAAAACUAUUUAAGAUGUUUGAAAUGUUAAAUAUGUUUUAUAUAUUUUGAAACCUGUUUCAAGUGUAACAACGUUAUAACAAAAACUAAAUAAAUAAAAAUAAAAGUGCAAUAAAUUAAAAAAAUAAUUUAAAAAAUAAAUUAAAUUUGAAACAUAACUGUGAUUUUCAAUAUGACUAUUACAUAUUCCGGAGACAUGGUGACCGAACCCAAACAUUUGGAUACGGAUUUCUUUACCGAUAUUUUGGAAAAUGCAUUGCUAAGAAAUAAUUUUGAAAUAACCACCAUCAAUUUUACGAUGGGCAGUAGUACGGGAGAAAAUUAUUGUAGUCAAAUUUAUCGUGUCAAAGUUUCCUAUAAAUCUACCAACGCAACCGGAAAUGAUGGUUGCAUUUCCGUUAUUAUUAAAAGUAUGCCACAUACGGAAGCUACGGACUUUUUAGUGGACUUAAAUGUUUUCCUUAAAGAGAAAAUAUUUUACAAUGAUGUUUUGCCAAGGUUAGAGGUGUUGUGCAAGGAUAAUGUCAAGUUUGCUCCAAGACUUUAUCACUCUCUAAAAACACCCGUCAACACUUUGGUAUUUGAAGAUUUGGCUGUAAGUAAAUUUGAAAUGGCCUCCCGAGAAAAGGGUUUGGAUCUAGCACACAGUCUUAUGGUUAUGAACAAAUUGGGAAAAUAUCAUGCAGCCUCAGUUAAGCUAUUUAAAAAGGUUCCCGAGUUACAAAAAUGUUUUAAUGGGGGCAUGUUAGCCGAUGUUGGUUUAAAUAAAGACGAAGGCAUGAUUAUGACAUUUUUCGGUAACAAUAUUAAAGCUCUCAUUGAGUUAAUCGAAACCUGGAAGGGCUAUGAAAAAAUUACACAAAAAAUAAAAACUUAUGCGAAAAACUUGAAGAACAACCUAAGCCGCAGUGGAGCCGUUGAGGAAAAUUCAUUUUGUGUUUUAAAUCAUGGUGAUUUGUGGGUCAACAAUAUACUUUUCAAGUAUGAUGAUCAACAAAAACUUAACGAUUUGAAUUUUGUUGAUUUUCAAAUGUCUGUUUGGAAUUCCCCCGGCAUUGAUUUGAAUUAUUUCUUUUAUACCAGUAUUGAGUUGGAUAUUUUAAAAAAUAAAUUGGAUGUGCUUAUAAAGGAAUAUCAUAGAUCAUUAAGUGAAACUAUGAAGGAGUUGGGCAUUAAAGAAAUACCCACCUAUCAAGAUAUAUACAAUGAAGUUCAAAAGCGACAGUUGUAUGGCUUCUUUGCUAAUUAUGGUGUUUUUCCGGUGAUAUGCCAGGACAAGGAACAUUCGCAGGAUAGUAAUUUGGAGAAUUUCAAAGAUGAAGAAUUCGCUAAACAAAAGUUAAAGAAAAUAUUUGGCUCCAAACGUUUAGAGGCAACUUAUCGUUAUACUUUGGAAAAGUUCGAUAAAAUGGGAAUAUUUGAUUAAGUAAUGAAGAGCAUAUUUCAAAUGAACUCCGAAAUACCUAAAAGUUUUAAUUAAUUGAUGCACCAACAUUUUCACGUUCAAAAACUAAAGUUAACAUGUAAUAAAAUUAGUUAAAAACUUCAAAUUUAAGCCAAGAAAAUGUUACUAUACAUAACGUAUUUCAGUCUUAUUUGAAUUACUUUAAAAACAGUACUUUUAGAGCAAAACAAUUUGUUAAUCUAAAAGGAUUUAAAAGUUUGUUUGAUAUAACAAACUUAAAUGCAUGUAUUUCAACUCAAUAGUAAAUAUUAUUUCAUAUUUAGUUAGUAUAUAAAUACUAAUAUGAAUGUUGUUUUGCACUUUAAACUUUAGAAUUAGAUACUAAUAAUACAUUGAAAUAAUUUACGUUUUUAUACACGAAAUUAAUUUAUAAUUAAGUAAAUUUAUGUACUUAUAUUCUCAACUGACAAUGUAACACUAUAUUAAGUUAUUAACAAUGAAAUUGAAAUCUAUUUUUAUAAAUAAAUUCUACACACUUUAACACAAUAAAUUGUAUAUGAAA